AUAAUAAUAAUAUCUGUCUUUCAACUGUAAAAGACAAUCUUUCCGAAACCUUAUCAGACUUUUCUAAUGUGUUUGAUAUAGAUUCUAAUAUGUUGAAGAUUUUAAAGGUAAUGAAUUUAAUCUUGCCAACUAUUGAAAUUAGUUACAAUCCAUCCAG